AUGAUGAUGAUGAUGAUGAUGAUGAUGAUGAUGAUGAUGAUGAUGAUUCGGAUGAUGGAUGAUGAUGAUGAUGAUGAUGAUGAUGAUGAUGAUGAUGAUGAUGAUUCGGAUGAUGAUUGUGAUGAUGAUGAUGAUGAUUGGGAUGAUGAUGAUGAUGACGAUGUUUCGGAUGAUUCGAUGAUGAUGAUGAUGAUGAUGAUGACUCGGAUGAUGAUGAUGAUGAUGAUGAUGAUGAUGGAAUAUGCCCUCUACACCGACAGUCUAGCUCUCGUGUAUUUUCGACCCACCCGAACUCGGUGA